AAACUAAAAAAAGCAUAUUCCUAUUUAAAUUUUACGUGCUAAAUUCAAAAGCAUAUCAAUUUGUUUUUCGCGUUUUUAUUUUUCUGCCGUGAGUUAGGGAUCGAAUAGUGUGUGUGGACGGUAAAAGCGGUUCUUCGUAUAUAAGUCCCAUAUGAGCCCAAGAUUCCAAUAGUACGUGGUCAUGUCGAAGUGGUCCUCAACUCUGAAGGCCUACGCUGCGGCUGAAGAGCGUUUGCUCGAUGUCUUCUCUCCUCCUGCCGACGCGCAAGAUAUCGGUGUCUCAGUGGCCCAAUGCUCCGCCAGUAUGGAUGCGGAGAUGGCUGCUACAACCGCAAAACAAACUCUAGAGGCCGCACAAUCACUUGAGGUACAAUCUGAGCAUCUGCUGGACCCUGCUGUAGAUUGCGUGCUGCAAAUUAUUACAGAUAAUAACGACAUACAAAGUCUGAUAUCGAGUGCAGACGGCGAUGAGUUCAAGGGUUUUGACGACCAUUGGCCCGACGGGACCCAGAGGCCUAGCGAAAACGAUAUUGCUGGACAGCUUAUAUUUGGUCUGUGCCGCAGCCAGUUGCAUCGUACCGCUCGUCGCAGCGAGGAUGAGACGUCAACGCCAACGCCCAAGAGUUCCACAUGCGAUGGCUUCUUGGAUUGCACACCGCCAAAGAAGACGCGACUUAGCACCGAGGAAGUAAUAAACAUUGAAGAUUCCCAACAUGCUUCUGCAUCCAUUAACUUCCUAGAAGUAGUGGCCUCCCAAACGUCGUCCUUUAUGGCAAACACACCUGCAGCUUGCAGCUAUGACGCUUUAGGAUCUAUACUCAUGAAUGGCGACGACACUCAUAUUGGGGAGAAUAUUGACAUUGUGGAGCGCUCGGACGAUAUGGAGAUGCAAGAAGUGAUUGAGUCUCCGUCGGAUCAACCACCACCACAAUGCGUCAUCUACGAUGGGAUUGGAGGAGGUGCAGGAAAUGUCGUUCUGCUAACAAACGAGCAGUGCUGCGAGAUUAUUGUUUCAAGUCAUGGUGUUUCCCAGGAUCAGGGCUUGGCGCGUGCCUUUCUCAUUGCCAGUAACGGAGCGAACACCCUCCUAGAAUUACUGCCAGAGCAGGUGACCCCACAGCAUCUAAAUGGCGCCUUUAUAACAGAGGUUCCCGAGGAGGAGUCGAAUGUAGACGCGCAUAACGUUUACCUCAGCGACGCGGCACUGGAGCAGCAGGACCAACAGCUUUAUGUGGUAAGUGAAGAACCACUGGAACAUGAUGAGGAGGCUGUGGUAGAAGAAGAAAUCGAACCUCGUCUUGUGUGCUACGACGGCGAGUCCGACGACGACCCGAACAAUGAAAAUAACACUUUUGUGGACGACACUCCAUUAGAAGAAGAUCGGCCAGAUAUUUGCCCUGUCUAUGAGGAUGAGCUCGAGGACCAUGAUGAUGAGUGCGAUGAGAAUACUGAGGAGGAGGAGGAUAUUUUAGAGCAGGAGUUACUUCAGAUUGCCAAAGAGCGUGCGGAAGAGGAGCUACGGCAACAGCAGCAGCAACAACAAGAACAAGAUGAGCAUCACAUUAUGGUUGAUGUACAAGAGACCAUAACCAUCGGCAGCGAUAUAGAGUCACAUGAAAUAGUGCCACCCAAGGAGCAGUCAGCAUCGAUCGAAAAACAGACGCCGCUACCCGAGCGAAAGCCACUGUCACCGAAACAACAAGAAAGAGAUGACUUGGAAGCCCAUACAGCACAACCCGAAACGCCGCCACACCCUCAACUGUUUCCACAGCCAACAAUUCUGUUCCAGCCUCAAACGUUGUCACAGUCCCAACCGCUGGCACAGUUUCAACCAGCCACACAACCACUAACCAUUAGCGAUCAUGAUCAUAGCAGUACUACAGAGUUUCCAGUUAGUUCAUCAUCGAUGCCAAAUGGCAGCGACUGUGAUGACUACGACGAUGAGCUGGCCGAUGAUCAGCUUUCGCCAAGUGCAGCUUUGCCGCCUACAACUCGGCGGUAUCCAUUGCUAAAGAACACACUUUCCGCUGAGGCGAUGGAUCGGAAAUUGGCAAACAUCUGUCAGACGCAGCCACAGAUGAGCCUCAGCGAGAAAAUGGAAAAUUGGGAUUUCUCGGUGGAAUGCGAAGCUGUCGAAGAUGUGGAGAAUUUUGAUACGACAUUUGAGAAUCAUGAAGUACAGCUACGGACUAAUAAUGAGAGCGCUGGCUCAAAAAAAAAGAAAAACUUCAAAGAUUUUUGCGAAACGCUUUCGAAAAAUCUGCUCAAGAUCACUGAGGAUCUUUUGCAAGCAGCCGGUGAUGUGUCAGCGAUUCAGAAAGAUGAACCCGAAGCCGACAGUAUGUCUCGCUUAGAGAUGUCAGCCAGGCGGAUCCUGAAUCGCCGACAAAGUGAGAUGGCGGAUCACGCACGUAUCAGUGAACUGACAUUAACCAAGAACAAGCUAGUAUGCCAGAGCUAUAAGCGGCUGCUUGAUGGCAUGCACAAUUCGGAAGAGAGCAAUCCAGUUGCGGCUAAGGAGAAUGUUAGGCAUGAAACCAUUGUGCUGGAUGACGACGAUGGUAUAAUUGAGGAAGUAGUCGGAGAAGACGAACAAAACUGUAAGGAAAUAUCGGAAAAGGUGUGCGAGCUAAAGGAGGCUGGUUCCAGUGCUACAUUAGUGCCGCAGGAGGACAUGAAGUGCACACAAUUGUUGGAGAAGGAAGAACAAGUCUUUACAACUUCGUACACGCAGACACAAACGUCGCCGGUGGUGGAACAGCCAUUGGUGGCGGAAACUGUUGCGCCAUUAACAAGCGAGUGUAAGGAGACGUCAACUACAGAUCUAGAGCAUUGCAUGCCUCCUCCGCCGCCAGCACAGUUGACUCCCAAUGCUUCCAAGUCGGCGCCAACAACCACAUUGGGUCGACACUUUGCCGACGUUGUGCUAGACGUGAUGCGUGCUCAGUCACCAAAGCACCGAACUGUUUCCCAAGCUGCUUCACCUAAACCUAACGAUAGCAACGAAUGUGCAAAUGUUCAGGAUGCCCUUUUCUACGAGCAGCACGAAUUCUGCAAUUAUCUAGGCCUCACCGAACUAGCAACCGCCAAUGCCGUGGCCACAGCAAUGCGUGAGCUCGCUAACUGCACUGUGGCUCGUCGUUCCUUGCGUGUUCGCACCCAACAGCAGCUCGAUCGGAUGCGGAACGACGUUCGCGGACGCAGGCGCGAAAGACGUCAGAAGGCUAUGGCUGCAGCCCCGCCAACAACCAGCAGUGAGCGUAGUACUAGUGCUACAACCGACAAGGAUGAAACAACUCCUCCGAAAUUUCGACGAACCAGUGAGCCAACAUCUCCUAAGCUGGACGCAGUCAAUGAUCCUUAUGUGCAUAUGCAGAGCAUUGGGGAACCCUGCAAGUCAUCCUCUCGUGAAAUGUUUGAAUAUUAUUACCGCGCACAAGGCGACGGUGCUGAUCCCAAUUCUAAAUCAUCGUCCACAAGCCUGGCGCAUAAUCAGACGUUAGAACAAGCCUUUGCUCAGGUGUACGCUGCUGCCGCGCCCGCAGAGAGUCAGUUGCACGAGAGCAUGCAAAAUCGCCUGAAACAGGCACGCGAGACGAAGCCAUCCAUUUAUAUAGUUCAGGCCAUGAGUCAUGCAGCUACGAAACCAACACCGGCCGUAACCCCACGGCCCUCGCUGGAGGAUCGCGUGGGUGAGCAAAAGCACGGCACCGUCAUAACGCCGCAAUCGUCCCCUUCGCCGACCCGUCGCUCUACUGAGCCGCCCAGGCAGACGGCAAUGCAAUCUCAAAGCAGUCCCAGUCCAAAGCGUAAGAAGGCCGGAGGAGCUGCUGCCAACAAACAUGGAGCGCGACGAAGUACCAAUGCAGCCGAUAGCUCGGCUCACAAAUCACGCAAAGCACAGACGCAUGUCUACGUGCGUGACCUGGUCACGCGCUCGACCACCCAUUUAAAUUCCAAAAUGCUCCGAAACCGACGAAUCAAUCUUUUGAAGAGUUACACGCUGUCCGAUGCCAGGACACCAGGCCGACUGAGUGGUGGGUCAGCGGCUAUUCACCGCACGCGCACACCAAAGGCUGUUAAAGCGACACUGAAAAAGGCGGUGGACAAAGCACCCACCACACUAAAUACCACACAACUGAAUUCCCAGCUUGCGCCCAUGCAGCGUGAAGUGCGUCAAGUUAUUUUCGAUAACAAUGAAUUACUGGAGAUUAACAAUCCACCAGAGCAACAUCGUCUGCAACAGCAGCAGGAAAUAGCGCCCAGCAAGAAGACGUCGGUGCGCUCGAAAGCUACCAAGCAGACUAGUCCGGGCAAGGGAGGUGCCGCUACGGCAGCAAGGGCGCAAUUACGCCAAGACGCCAAGAAUAAACUGAAAACGGUGAAGCCGGUGCGAGCCAAAUCAUUGCCGGCACCGUUGACGAACACUCAGGAGAAGAAAGCGGCUGACAUGCCUCUACCCAUGCCUGAGGCGCUGGUCGCCACGGCUGCCGCCACGCCCAAAGAAACUACCCAGCUAUCCAAGCGGCAAUUGGAUUUGAUACGAAUGGCUACAGAAACGCAAGAUUUUAUCACUAAACAAACGAUGGUGCGGCCACCAAUUCAAACGGCAGCCUCACGGCGAUUCCUGAACAACUUGCGUAAGAUAGCCGAACAGCAUUUACCUAUCCUUGAGAACAAUGCUGGUGGUCCACCUUAUGAGAAUGUACCCAAGCCUGCUCUCACAUAUCCAGCUGCAGUGGUUGUACCCUCGCCACCACGCACUCAUUUCUCGCACCGACGCGAGAGCGCAGGAACCGCGAUGAUGGAGGAUCGCCUGCCCGAUAUCAAACAGACGCCGCCGGGCGGCUUAAUGCGGCUGACCUCGGGCUCACCCAUGCUCCGCAAUCCUCUGGCGGGAAAGCACGGCAAGGUCUUGUAUAUGUACUAUGAACUCGAUCAGCUUAUAGUACUGCAGGAGAAGAUUAUCACGUUUUGGAAGUACAGCAAGAUCUACAACCUGGUGCGUAAAGAGACGACAGAUGCCAACGAUACUGCUACCCAACGACGAGCAUACAAUGCCUACAUGAGCGAUUCGGAGCGGUCCUUUGGCGCUACUGACCAGCAACAAUGGGUCCAUCUGGGUCGGGUGCGACGCAUAACCAAUGAUGUUGAGAUUACGGCACCAUUUGCGAAUCGUUUGUGUGUGCACAACUCCACACCCGUUUACGUUGAGAUGCGUAGUCAUGCGCUGGACCAUAAUAAACGGGAACGCGUGCUUCUGUCCUUGUAUGUCAAUGUCUACUUUUAUUGUGAAGAGGAGCUACGUCCCAAAAUCCAUUCGGUGCAUUUGGACGCUGUAAACUGUGAGCCGGGCUGUGUCCUGUAUACGACCAUAACAGAGUCGCGCUACUUUAUUAUGGCUUGGCAGCAAGAACAGUCGAUGGGCAAACCACGUUCCGGACUCUGCAAGUACUCGCUCACACCCACACUGGACACGUUGGCCAGUAUCCGCGAAUUCAAGCAGCUGCGCUACGAACUGAAAUACAUUGAGUGCUUGACGGAGGAUCGCUUUAUUGGGUAUGGCUUGUCGCAGGUGGCCAUUUGGGAUCAUCGCAGCGGUGACAUGCUCAUGAACUAUGACUUCGGCUUCGAGUUGGGUCGAAAUUUGGGCGCCAUGUAUUAUCCUACGUUCGAUAUCGAUAUGAGCAGCAUGCUGAUACUUUUUCAGCACCUCAAGGAACCGGACAAACAGUCGGAGCUGCGUGUUAUUGCGUGCGAGAUGUCGCAUGCGACACCAACUCAUCGGAUAUUGCACGUGCAUCGACUGCCCUCCCCAGAUUUUGAUUAUCAGAUAUCGGCCAUCAACACGGGCGAUCAUUUGAUACUCAAAGGGCACUCUGAAGGCGAAAUUUGGAUAAGUGCCGCCGAUCCGAGAGAGCUCACCUAUGUGGCGCCUCAAGGAACUCAGCGAUUCUAUGCCCGCAAUAAAUCGCAAGUCAUCGAGGUUUCCCCACACAGCCUGAUGGUGGACAGUAUAGCUAAUCAUAUGUUAAAAAUGGCCACUCACCAGCAGUUUUCGUCGAUGCCUGUGCAGGGAGUGUAAGGAAUUCCUUGGACACUUACCAAAAAUAUAACUCCACUAAUAUGUUGUUGUUUCCCCAAUUUUAUUUUGUAUAACAUAGUUUUACAUACCAAUGCAAGCAUAAAUGCUCUCAAAUACACACAUAUGUAUGUACUUGUACACACUUGUAAAGCGUACGCAACACAAUUCACUAACUAAUUCGCGAAGAAUCGGAAUUGGCAACAGAAAAAAAGUUGAAAAAGCUAUUAUAUUAAGUUAUCAAAAAGAAAAUUACAUAGUUCAAAUACAAAUAUAAAAAUGAAUUCAAUAUAUCAAUACAUCAA